GAUCCGAGCUUAUUCCUAGAUGAUGCGCCAUUGAAGCCUCUAAACAAUUAUGUUUCCUUCUCAGUUAAACUCGCCAAAGCGUGCCAAUCCAUUUGGUCGCACCUCUCCAACUCCAUCGCCUGGAGGCCAGAAUGGUUCCGCACGGCCAAGGUCGGCGAUUUUAACAUCACCAAGCAGAAUCGAUGGGUCCAAGGGCCAUUAUCGAAACUCUGCAUCCAUUACUCAACUCACACCGACUGCCCUUUCACCGCACGGGAACCGAGACAGAUCGAAUUCUCUGCGGAAUCAUGCGACUACCGGAACGUUUGCACCCGAAUUUAUCAAGUCGGAGGAAUUGCGACGCGGAGCAGAUCAGAUCCGGGGUUUGGAGGGCGAGAAUGACUUUUCGGGUAACAAGUACGUGUGGCUACGGGAUCCUGAAAAGGCAUUCGUGCGCGGGUUGGUGUUAGAAGAGGGACAAGAUGGGCGGCUGUUGGUCCAGCCGGAUUAUGGCGAGGUACGACGUACAACAGCUCGAUGAGGCUUCCUUUGACUGACCCUUUUUUCUUCUUUUUUUUUUAAUAGCCACGGGAAGUGGACUCCCACCAGGUCGACAAGGUCAAU